GGAGUAAAAAAGAGAUUAGCCAAUCAGAGACAUGUAUACGAUAGACCGCCCUCCAAUGAGGACUAGGCGGACGGUCACGUCCCCCAGGGACCGGGCCAAUGGGAGGAGAGCGCGUGGGGCAUGCUGGGAUGAUGGAGAAUUUCUCGGCUCUCUUCGGAGGGGCCGAGCCACCGCCUCCCGCCGCGGCUACCGCGCUGGGCUUCGGUUCGGGGAAGCCGGGGGGUCCCGGCGCCGGGCCGCCCCCCGCAGCCGCCGCGCCCCAGACCGCGGAGGACGUCGCCCGCAAGGCCGCGGCUGCCAGCGGCCCCUUCUACCUGAUGCGGGAGCUACCAGGCAACAUGGAACUGACAGGCAGCACCAACCUGAUCACACACUACAACCUAGAACACUCCUACAACAAAUUCUGCGGCAAGAAGGUGAAGGAGAAGCUGAGCAACUUUCUGCCUGACCUGCCAGGGAUGAUCGACUUGCCGGGCUCGCAUGACAACAGCAGCCUGCGCUCCCUUAUUGAGAAGCCACCCAUCUGCAGCAGCUCCUUCAACCCCAUCACUGGCACCAUGUUGACUGGCUUCCGCCUGCAUGCCGGCCCGUUGCCAGAACAGUGUCGCUUGAUGCACAUCCAGCCACCCAAGAAGAAAAAUAAACACAAGCACAAGCAGAGCCGCACCCAGGAUCCUGUUCCCCCAGAAACCCCCUCAGACUCUGACCACAAGAAGAAAAAGAAGAAAAAGGAGGAGGAUCCGGAGCGGAAGAGGAAGAAGAAAGAGAAGAAGAAAAAGAAGAUGCCACCUGCAUACAGAAGUUACCUACCUAAGGUGAAUCCACUCAUUUGUAUGGAAAGAUCCUCCCCAGUGGGCCUGGACAGGCAAUAGGCCCUUCUAAAAGGUUUAGCGUAGACUGCACCACAUCACAAGUGAGGGGCCCUUUGCUAUUAAUUUGUGGAGAAGGACCUCACCGAGAUGGGAACAAUGCAGGACAAUCCACAGAGGUGAAGUGGUCACUGCUGCAAGAAGGAAUGUUGGAGGAAGCCAGGAUAACAGCAUCUCCAUGGAGUCCAGUGUAGGGGAGGAAGAUCCCUAUGAUCCAAGGAGAUUGACACUGAAGAAAACUUACCCCAUUAGACAGUUGAGUUGUGACGUACCAAGAGCUUUCAGACACUUUGCAAAGGCUGCACCCAUAUCCCCAUCACACUUCUCUCCAAUCAGCACCUUACAACUCAGAUGACAAGUAGCUGGGCAAUCAGGGCUGGCUGGCUGGCUACAGUAUGGAAAGUUGAAAUAGCCAGACAUCACGGGGGGGGGGAGGGGUUUACCACUGACUUCAAUAAGGGCAGCCCUGUUAGCCCUCACAGCCAAAAGGCAACCCAAUCACAUGGGAGGGACGUGUUACAGCUGCUUCAGACCAGAUCACAAGCUUUAUUCCCAACCUCUGACCAUUUCUAAGCAGCCAAGAGGUUUUGAUGCACAUUGACCCUAACCCAAGCUCCAACUCCAAGCCUGAGAACAAGACUGGUUGUUGCUAAAUAUCCUAGAUAGGAAUAGUGCACAGAGCAUUGGAAAUUGGUUCAUAGGCUUAAGAAGAAAACUCUGUGCUCCUCUGGGAUACUCUGCUUGAUCUGCGCUAGUAACGAGUCCAGUCACAUAGCCAGGACUGAUGACCUUAUACAGAUAACUUAUGUGAGGACCAGUCCCCCAGAGUUAGUAAGCUGGGGUCAGAAUGCACAGAAUAGUUCACCUGAUGGAAUGGGCUCUGGCCAUCUCUUAACGUGAAUGCACCCAGCCUUGUCCUGACCCAUGUGGGGACAUGAAGAUCCUGGAAUCAAAUCUCUCUCCAAAGAUUUGUCAAGGCCCUACCAGAGGAGAUAUACAUGAUAGUCCUUUCCCAGAGGAUGGGAAAGACCUCCAUCGCCAGAGGGCUGCAGGAAGAGCAGUGGUGUUCAGAGGCAUGGCAGCCAGAGUCCUUAGGGUGAUCCACAGAGUGAUUUGCUUCGCCACCUGCUUGUCCUAGAUGCCACACCUGGGGGGGUAUCACCACUGGGCUGGGCUUGGCUGGGUUCAUGUUCUUCCUUCUCCUUCAGGUUGACACUUAGGACCUAUUGGGGGAGCCAGGUUCCAGUGCCCCACCUCCAUCGUUUCUCAACACAGAAGAGAACCUAUCCCUCGCAGGUUGUCUAUGAGACUCUGACCCGACUGAAUCAGAGCCAUCUUCUGGAACACCUAUGCCCAAAGCACAGACAGAAGCCACCUCUGUGCCAGGAUGCUUGGAUUCCUGCAGAGAUCCUGCAACCCAAGAGUAGGCUCCUAAUUCCCAAGCCAGGUGCAUCUGUGGUCACUACAGUUUGGCCUGGUGGAAUUUAGGCAGUAAUUCCGUAUCUCGAGUGCUCCCAAGUCAGUGCAUGUCCAAGGGUCUGCUAAAGGCAUGGGGAGCUGUGUGGUCUGGAGCCAUUGAGGAUGGCCUCUUGUACAGAUAUGCCAUAGCUCCCAUAAAAAGUUACAGCCAUGGGCUGCAACCUUCCUGGGGUCGUCUCUGCUGCUAAUUCUGCCAUGCCUACAACCAACAGAGUCACAUGACACCCACAAUCUGAAACAGAGGUGGACUGACGCUGGCUUAUGAAAGAGGCAAGUUUUCUAGGGCAGAAUAGUUAAAGAGUUUAAGAAACUGCCACCUAUUUGAAAAUUCGGACACAAUUCUGCCAAUGAAAGCAGGGAGAAAACCAGGUGAGAGAAUAUUCUUAGCAGCCUCCAACCCAAGCUGAGAUACUUGCCUCCUACAUUCGCUGUUGGCUGAACGGGAAUGUGCAUGAGUCCACUUUCCAGAUGGGAUAAACAAAAAAUAAAUGACUGAAAAGAUUACUGAGGA